AUGACCAAAGGCCGGCCGAUCUCCGAUGCUUUGCUAUGCAAAAGCGAAGGGGAGCUUGCUGUGCUUAACGAUCAGCUGCUCGGAUCGGCCGCGUCUUCUCCAAUCCCUAAGUAUGGCAAACCGUCUAUUUCGGACAUCGAACCUGGCAGCAACCGUUCUGGUACCAACACGGGUGCAAGCCUGGCUACUCCAGAGUUUUUCGGAUGCACCGUUAUUACGAUCAAUGACUUGUCUUCGCCACUUCUGCCGUUAGUGCUCCGCGUUCCGGCACUGCAAUUCUGCACCUGCCUGCUAUCAGGCCUGUUCACCGCGUUUUCCCUCCCUAACCAAGCCCUCGUUCCUCACCGUCGCCUGCCAUACCAACGCCCGAGCGGAACCCUCUGGUUCGGCUCCGUCCUCAAGACGGCGUCCAAAAAGAGGAAACUCACUCCUACCGCGCGUCUCGACACCGUUCCCACGGCAUACAACGCCCCAGACACGGCCUACAACGCCCCAGACACGCCCUCACGCCAACGCCUCGCCAACGAGCGGCCGCAAACUCGGCAGCCUCAACUGCCACCGCCUCCGCACCGCCUCUCCUCGCCGCGUGCUCCCCAAAGCCCCGUCGCUGUGGCAUCGGACGCCUCGCGCCUACCUUUGGACCAGCCUUUUGCCGAGACUGCAGCGUCUCCAGGCAGAGCUGCUCCCACCGCGCAGCUCUCACGCUCGUCCGGCCUGAUCUCCUCCGCAGCCACGACCUCGGUCGAUUCGCCGAGCGAGGCCUAUGCCGGUUUGACACUGGACAGUGCUGAGACCCCGCUGGACACCACGGGCAUGAACCAAGGUCAGGAAGAUCCUCUUGCUCUUGCGAACAGCGAUGACGAACAAUUAAACCGAGCAGAUACCGCAGCCUCACCCUCAGACACGGAGCGUGAGAUACGAUCGACUUCACCGGCCAAGCGACGCGCCAGCGCCAUGGACGACGACCACACCAUGGAUAUGGAGCAGCCGGCGUCCAUGCAGCCUCGCGAUGUCAACUCCAGCGACGACUCAUCCAAUCGUCCGCCCACCCCGUCUUCCAGCAAAGGUAGCAGCAAGCAGCACACCCGGGAGGCUUCCGUGGAUAUGCUAGCCACUACGAAUGGCAACAGCGCUGCCACAUCUACCGAUCCUUCGUCGAUAUCGGAAACGCCUGGUGACCAAGAAAUGGGGGAUGCGGCAGAAGUGCCCUCUAUAGACGAUCAAGUCAUGACCAUCAUGCAAGAGAUGGCAGGGCAGCCUGAAGAUGGCGACGUUGGCUACCUGGUGGCCGUUGCCUGGAUAAAUCGUGUUCUAGCCCGCUCGUCACAAAAGGACGAUCACGGUCCCUACGACAAGGAAACCUUGGAGGGAGAUGUUGGGCCAAUAGACAAUUCAUCUAUACUUCCAUCACAUCUUCCCGAAGACUUGGUGGACGAUCGGGGCGAAAAGUACAUUCAAAUAAAGCGUGGUCUGUCCGUUAACACCGAGUUGGAAAUCUUCACGGAGAAGGCAUUCAAGCUUGCUCUGAAGUGGUACGGACUUGCGCCGGGGCAAGUGCCCAUCAAACGCUAUGCACACGCAACCAACACCGAUCCUGACGCGCUAGACAAGAACGUGCAGUACGAGCUAUAUCCACCCAUCUUUACGCUUCGAAAGCUUCAUGCGGAGCGCUCGUCCUUCGACAAGCACAUAGCCGAGGACAGCAAACAUAAGGCGCCGCGGAUCGUGGCAAGCAGGAGUUGUCAGUUUCAAAAAUUCCUCCGACGUGCAAAGGAAUCUACGGGCAUACCGAUGGAAACCAAGGUCAAGGUGUGGCGUGUUUUGAGCCCAGAGACGGUUGCUUCAGAUGCCAAGACCACAAACGGUAACACAUUGUUGAGUCCGCCAGAGUCCCGAGAGGCGUCACCUAGCGGGCAGUCCAGUACUUCAGUUCCACUGCUGAUUAAGAGCGAUGUUUUUAAGGCCAUGCCAGAAGCUGUGGAGCGAGAGAUGAUUGACAUGAAGGACGAGACAAACAAUGAGAAGUACAACGGUCGCGCUCAGCUUGGCACCUUAGGUCUUGCUGCGGAUCAGAUACUCAUUCUCGAAGAACAAAGCACAAGCGGCUCGUUCCUGUCGGACACCGCAAAGAAGGCGACCAAGGCUGCAAAGAAGGGAGGUCUCCUCUCCAAUCCCAGCAGUGGUCGGAGCAGUCCAUCUCUUGGCCCCAUCACGCGGGGCAGAAACCGAGCAUCUGGUCGGACACAAGGCAGCGUUGGUCUGACCAAUCUUGGCAACACGUGCUACAUGAACUCGGCUCUCCAGUGCAUUCGGGCAACUGAAGAAUUGACAUGCUUCUUCCUGUCCAAAGCCUGGAAAAAGGAGCUUAACAAGAGCAAUCCGCUCGGUCACGAAGGCAAAAUGGCAAUGACAUACGCUGCAUUACUGGAUUCCAUUUACGAGACGACUUCAAGUUCGUUCACACCAAGCGACUUCAAACGGAUGCUGAGCAAAUGUGGACCACAAUUUUCCGGCUAUGGCCAGCAAGAUUCCCAAGAAUUCAUGAGCUUUCUGGUGGACGCGCUACAUGAAGAUAUGAAUCGGAUCGUUAAAAAACCUUACAUCGAAAAUCCAGACUCGGAUGACAGCAGGGUUCAUGACGAGGAGUACAUCAAGGAAUUAGGCAACAUCUUCCGAGAAAACUACAGAAAGCGAAACGAUUCCGUCAUCCACGACCUGUUUAACGGCUUUUACAAGAAUACCAUGGUGUGUCCAGUCUGCGACAAAGUCAGCGUGACGUUCGAUCCAUAUCUGCUUCUCACCCUGCAGCUUCCUCUCGAGCACAGCUGGCAGCACACAGUCUACCUUCUUCCACUGCGCGGCGAUCCGGUCAAGGUAGAAAUAGAUAUGGACAAACACAGCACAAUCGGUCAGCUUAAGCAAUACGUAGCCGCUAAAGUACCAGGUCUCGAUGCGAAGCGCUUGAUGAUGGCAGAAGUGUUUAGCAAGAAGUUCUAUAGAACGGUAGAGGAUAAGCAGACCAUCGCCGAAGCUAACAUUCAGCCACGCGACGAGAUGAUUCUCUACGAACUUGACGAAGUACCCACAAACUUUCCGCCGCCGAAGAAGAAAAAAUACAAGACCAUGCUGUCGUUCGGCCAUGACACCGACGAAGAGGCUGAAAUUCCGGGGGAUGAUUCACCACUUGCAGACGUCAUGAUGGUUCCUGUCUUCCAGCGGUCGCCAGCAUCCUCGUAUAGCUCAACUAUGAACCUUGCAAACACGCCUUUCUUCAUCACUGUAAACAGAGAUGAGGCUAAGAACUAUGUCGAGAUCUACCGCAAAGUACUUGCUCGGAUAGCCUCACUGACGACGCGUGAUUUCCUACACGAGUAUGCGACUGAGUCCGCUUCUUCGCCGGAGGAUGAGGAGCAGGAACGCAUCAGCGAAGAGGACGCCGAGCCCGAUGUCCAGGCACGCUCCGUUGAGAGCGAAGAUGGUACUGUCGAAGUUUCAGUGAGCAAAUCGCAGUCGAACGGCGAUAAGAAAGCGGCAGUCUCCCCGACAUCAGCCAGGGCUGUGCUAGAGCCUGGUGUGCCAAUUCCAGACGCUCUUCUCAACUUGUUUAGUCUCAAGAUCAUGGAGAAACAAACCGAAAUGGUACCCACUGGAUUUCACGCUGUUCAAGACAAUCGCAAAUUCAAAACCUUGUUGUCCCGCCUUCCAAAGGCAUCAAGACGACCUUCAGUUCAGGCGGAGACGCCUACGUCGUCAGAGUCGUCUGACGCCGAUGAAGCUCUAACCAGCGUGCAGGCUAGCAUGGCGGAUUGCAGCGCUAGCGAAGACGAUGGGUCGAUAGGCCAAAAGCCAAAGAAGCUCAAGAUGUACGGCAAGAAGAACCGGACAAAUCAGCCGUCUGCAGCUUCUACAGAUGAGGAAUCGUCCGUCGAUUUUGAGGUAACGCCUGAGGAACCGAUACUACAUCUUGGCGAAUGCUUAAUUGUGGACUGGAGUCUCGAGAAUUUUGAUGCUCUUUUCCAGGGUAGAGACGAGGAUGACAUGCGUGGUCGGGAGACGAUUGGCAAGCACACCCGAGUCCUUGAGGACAAGGAACUGAGCGACAAGCGCAGACGAAGAACCGAACGAAAGAAGCACGGCAUCUCGCUUGACGAGUGCUUCCAGGUUACGUCGCGUGGCGAGAUUUUGACGGAAGACAAUGCGUGGUACUGCAAUCGGUGCAAGGAACUGCGGCAGGCCGAGAAGACGCUCGAGAUCUGGACAGCACCCGAUAUCCUCGUCAUCCACCUGAAACGCUUCAGCGCCGCGAGGCAGUUCCGCGACAAGAUAGACAUACUUGUAGACUUCCCAACAGAGGGCUUGAAUCUUAAUGACAAGGUUGGACUGCAGGAAGGCCUUGAUCUGACGUACGACCUCUUCGCAGUGGAUAACCACUAUGGAGGCUUGGGUGGCGGACACUACACUGCUUACGCGAAGAACUUCGUGGAUGAGCAGUGGUACGAAUACAACGACUCGUCCGUCUCAAAGCGUCCGGCGAGCUCGGUUGUUACUUCGGCAGCGUACUUGCUGUUCUACCGCCGCCGCACCAGUGGCCCCAACAAAUAUCUCGGACCUCCGGGACUCCGCCAGCUUGUCUCUUCAUUCCGCAAUCCAGAAGAAGAGGGUGCAACUGACUCUGCUGCCGAGGACGGCGACUCACAAUCACGCGCUGCAUCACCCUCGGGCCAGGGAAAAGGCCACCGCCUCGGCGGGGAAAUAUCGUUCCACAAUGGUUCGUCGAUCGCCUCAGCCGGUCAAGGAGCGGGUCACCUGCACCGUCGAGGCGGGGAUGGUUCGGCAGCGGGUCAAGGGGCGCUAGUGAAGAGCGGGGCCCUAGCGGGACUUGACGGAUAUGAGGGCGACGAUGACGAAGGUUACGGUGGUGGCAUGGAUGAAGAUCCAGACGAUGCUUUGCCAGCCGCUGGUGCCUUCAUCGGGCCUCAGCGACCACCGAGUUAUCAAGAGGCUUCGCCCUUUUCAGCCUACCAGCCAUGGAGCUUUCCUAACCUCUCAGAGACGAACCAAGCUGGCUGUGAGAGCGAUCUCGCCGAGGCAGACAUCGACAGCAACGUCCCUAUGGGCGAUGGUGAUGAAGAGCGUAUGAAGCUUAUUGAAGACUUUGGCGACGACCUCGGCACAUCGGCGCAUAACAACUCGCCGAUCAUGGCAUCGACCGAGAUGGACUUUAUUGGCGAGCACAUGGAAGGUGUUCAACACUUUGAAGACGCCGAAGACCCAGAGCCAGUAGACAUACACGUUGAUUCGUCACCUCCAUCGACUACGCACGAGAAGAAGGAGUGAGCACUUGGGAAUGACAUACGAUAGAGUGGGUUUUUUUUGGUUUAUUCUUUAUACAGGCAUGAGUCGACGAGAUGGAUACACGAGGAGCUGGUUGAUCAUGGGCACACAACGGAUGUCGCGAUUGCAACCUGUUUGAUUAGAAAGCUGCAUUUCGCAUUUAUAUAGACACAUUGUUGGACACGGACACUAAUUGUUAGCAUUUUUUUCUCGGCUGUUUGGGGAGCUGGAAAUGCUACCGGUCCAGUGUAGGAACUGUACGCGCCCCGGGCAUCAUCACAUGGUCCGUGAGAAGGCUGGGACAUUGUUAGUUCGCUCCCCCUUUGUUGGGUGAGACAAUCAUCGGAGAAUGGGUAACUUGACGAUCAACGUUUAUUAUCAUUGCUUCAAACUGCCCCUUCUGUUAACCUUUUUUUUUUAUUAAAAAAAGAAAAAAAAAUAAGAUCUAUGUG